CAGUCAGCAGCCAACAUGAAGUCUGUAAUUCUCGCCGUCGUUGUGGCCGUGGCCGCCGCCGCCCCCCAGUACGGCGCCCCUCAGGCUCCUACCCGCUACGGUGGCUCCAGCGAGGAGGUGCCCAUUAUCAGACACGAUUUUGUGCAGGGGGAUUAUGGCGGCUACAAACUUGACGUGGAGACUGGCAACGGCAUCGUGGUGUCAGAAGCUGGCGCUCCAGGAGCCUCUGGUGCUAUCGCCAGCUCUGGCUCUUACUCCUACACUGCUCCUGACGGCACUCCCGUCCUCGUUAAGUUCGUCGCCGACGAGAACGGCUACCAGCCCCAGUCUGACCUGCUGCCAGUGGCUCCUGAGUUCCCCCACCCAAUCCCCCAGUUCGUGCUGGACCAGAUCGCCUUCGCUGCUGCAGAAGACGCUGCCGCCGCCCGCGGCAAGUCCUCUGGUCCCUCCGCCAGCUAUGGUCCUCCCCAGUAACAUGUCAAUAGCCGUUUUUCCGGAAAAGUUAUAGAUCUUUCUAUGUUUGAAAGUAAUUUUUGAUUAUUUAUUAUUUUGUAUAUAUUAUAUAUAAUCAAAAUAAAAUUGGAAAACAUUA